AUGGUGAAUGAGAGGCACAAUGGCAACCUGCUGGUGCACCUGGGACCCAAACUGCAGGCCUACCCAGAGCAAAUCCUCCGACAGCGGCGAGGCCACGACGGCCAUCCUGAAUACCUCAUCCAGUGGAGUGUGGUCAGCGUGGAGGAGAGAGCAGUGGGAGGCAGCAGUGCCUCCUGUGCAGAGACCAAGCCAGAGAACAUCUCAAUGUGGAUGUCUGCAGAAGAGGUCUGUGCCAGCUGUCCAUCACUGCUGGGCAAGAGGAAGCUGGAAGGGCUGUGGGUGAAAGAGGAGAAGACAUCCAGAUCGGCUGCAGAUGUACCGCUGGACGAAGCGUCACUGCUGGAGAUGAAGGCUGAUGUCAGGAGCCUGGUGCAGCGAGCUGUGCGGCAGGUGGCCGAGGCUGGGACGCCCGAGUCCUCCGUCCUGAACACUGUCCACGUGCUGAGUGCCUAUGCCAGCAUUGGCCCUCUGGCAAGUGCCUUCAGGGAGACAGGAGCCAUGGACUUGCUGAUGAAGUUCCUGUGCCACAAGGAGAAGCAGAUCCGCCACAGUGCUGGCCAGAUGCUGCGGGCCCUGGCUUCUCACGAUGCAGGGAGUCGAGCCUAUGUCCUGCUGUCCCUGAGCCAGCAGGAUGGCAUUGAACAGCACAUGGAGUUUGACAGUCGCUGCACCUUGCUGGAGCUGUUUGCUGAGAUAACAUCCUCUGAAGAGCACUGCAUGUCCUUUGAAGGGAUUCACCUUCCACAGAUCCCUGGGAAGCUGCUGUUUGUCCUGGUGAAGCACUACCUGCGUGUCACUUCUCUCCUGGACAAACUGAGCAGCGGUGUGGAGCAGGGAGAAGAGCAGCAGGGCUGUGCUGCGCCCAGCCCGUUGCCUGUGGAGAGGAGCCAUGUGAAGCAGGAGUUUGAGUUCAGCAUGGCCAUGGCAAACCUCAUCUCAGAGCUGGUGCACAUGAUGGGCUGGAAACACAGCCACAAGCCGGAGCUGCCACCCCAGCAAAUGCCGCAGCCUCGUGCCACCCGCUCCAUCUUCCAGCACAAGACCCCAACCAGCACUGCUGUCCAAAUACCUGUGUUCACUUCACGUCACCGUCCCCACAACAAGCAGGGCUGUACCUUCCUGACCCCAUCAGACUUUGCAAACAGCAGUGACUAUGUGGAGUACUUGCAGGCAAACUUGGUGCGUGGCAUGAGGGUGCGCUUGCUCGAAGACUGUGGUGAUGUUAGAGCUGGGGAGGAAGGCGAGUUUCUUCAGAGCACUAAUAGUAUGCACACAGUGCAG